GCUCCCGUUACGCAACCUGGCAACCCGCGAGAGUCAGAGUGAAGGAGAGGCAGAUUGACUCCCCGCAGGGAUUCAUCAGGUUACACACAGUGCUCUUCAGAUGGCUAACGGAGAGGAGUAAGUUGGAAAACGGUGGCAAAAACACCCCAAAGUCAUCCGGCUGGCUUCUCACUUCACCAACCGCGACACAAUGGAGCAAGAAUUCGAGGAUAUUGAUUCGUCCGGGAAAUGGCAGAACCUUUACAAUGACAUCCGCAACCAAGCCAUUGAAUAUCCGUACAAAGUAGCUAAGCUUCCAAUGAACAGGAAUUUGAAUCGCUACAGAGACGUCAGCCCAUAUGAUCACAGUCGGGUAAAGCUUGAAAACGCUGACAAUGACUACAUUAACGCGAGUUUAGUCGCUGUGAAAGAAGCCGAGAGAGCUUACAUUCUAACUCAGGGCCCUUUGAGGAAUACGUGUGGCCAUUUCUGGUUGAUGGUCUGGGAGCAAUGUUCUAAAGCCGUUAUAAUGCUCAACAGAGUGAUAGAGAAAGGAUCUGAAAAGUGUGCUCAGUACUGGCCCACUUCAGAGGAGCUGCAGAUGUCCUUCACUGACACGGGUUUUGUUGUUCGACUGUUGUCAGAAGAGGACCAAUCCCAUUAUACAAUCAGGGUGCUAGAACUAGAGAACACAAAGACGGGGGAAUCCAGAGAGAUCUACCACUUUCACUACACCACGUGGCCUGAUUUCGGGGUGCCAGAAUCUCCCGCCUCUUUCCUCAACUUCCUCUUCAAGGUGCGGGAGUCUGGUUCCCUGGGGCCUGAAUAUGGGCCCUCAGUGGUGCACUGCAGCGCUGGGAUUGGACGCUCGGGAACGUUUGCCUUGGUGGACACUUGCCUGGUCUUGAUGGACAGGAGUAGGAGCUCGUCAUCUGUGGACAUACAGAAGGUGCUGCUGGAUAUGAGGGAAUAUCGCAUGGGCCUGAUCCAGACCCCUGACCAACUGCGCUUCUCCUACAUGUCCAUCAUCGAGGGAGCCAAGCUCAUUCUGACCUAUAGCUCUGCAGAACAGAACUCACAGAUUGGCCUGUUCAGAGAAGACCUGGAGUCGGAUCUACAACCUCCAACGCCUCCGCCCAGACCUCACCUCAAUGCCAGCAGGCCCAACGGCCCUUGCUUGGAGCCACAGCCCAGCACAGGGGACCACCUCUCAUCGAGGGAUUCAGACUGCCACAACAUGGCAGAGAACUCUGUGCAGUAAGUGAUAGUUCAGCACGUUUGGAAUGAGUGUCCUCACACAGAUAAACAUCACCAGAGUUGCACCGAUCAAGCAUUUGUGAACAGUUUUUGAUAGAAAAUGUAGCAUUAAGUUUUAAAAGCUUUUGGCUAACUACUUCUAACUGUUAAACUAAAAAAUAAAUCAACUAAA